CAAUAAAAGUAAUAUUGUAGAACAAAAGCAAACUGGUGCUUCACAUUUAUAAUGAUGUUCUACCAAGAACUGACAGAAGAUACUGUUGACAGAAUUUAUGUGAACUAUUGAUGGAAAGGUCACCAGAUAUGUCAGUUCCCAAGGCAUUUGCAGAAGCAAUAGUUUCCUCUGGAUCAUCAUGCACCAUCGCUACAAGAGGUGUAUUAAAGUUUGAUUACAGUUGUCACAUGAAGAUACCAUAUCCUUUCCUUCAAUUCUUGAAAAUAGUCUGUUCAUUUGUACCAGGAACAGUUGAAUUGUGCUUGAAAACUGUGUAUUGCCGAGUUUCACUGGUUUUUGUGUACUGAGGAACAAAAAUGAUGAAUGACUUGUGGCUGCCUGAGACAUUAAUGACAAGCAGCUCUGUGUCUGGAGUUUACUCUGAUGUAUUCGACUACAACUCGAAGAGGUACAGGUGCACACAAUGUAGUAAAACUUACAUGUGGAAGACUACUUUGGCAAGACAUGUAAAAUAUGAAUGUGGCAAACCUCCACAGUUUCAGUGUCCUUUUUGCCAGAAAAGAAGUCAUAGGAAGAGCAAUAUUGAACAGCACAUCCGGUGUCACCACAGAAUGUAGUGAAUUGUUUCAGGAUUGAUAAAUGUUGAGGAAUGAAAAUAAAGAAAUGAGUGUAAUUCUACUUAAAAUUUUAAUGUACACUGAAAAUAUAAGAUUGAUGUCAGUGAUUUGUAAUAUAAAUAAAUUCUCUAUUAGAAAGUUAUUUUCUUUCUGUUAGGGACUAAUAAUUCAUGAAUACAGAGAGCUCCAGAGACAAUUUUAUGAACAAUGUGCAUACCAGAUCAUGUAUUUAUAAAAAUAUGUGAUCUAGACAGUUCUUUGUUCGUAAAAUUAUAAAAAAGAUCACUAUUUUCUCUUGGUGACACAGAGCCACCUCUCUGUAUUAAAGACUGUGUGAAAAUUCAGUUGUUGAACAUGGGGUAUUGCAGUCAUGCUAUUCUUCAUUGUACCGGAAUAUAACUUUAACUGUUAUUCAAUCAUUUAUUCAUAAUGUAGUUGCUGAAUACAGCAUGCAUUCUUCUAAUAAGUUCACUGGGUAAAUUGAUCCGUGAAAACAAAAGCAGUGAAAUUCACUGACACGACUUUUAAUGCAAGGGUUUGUACACAAUUCUUGACUUACCGUUAACA